GGAAUGUUUUUACUCUCAAAACCACGAAAACCCGGAACAUUUUGUUACAAAAGAAGAUACCAUAAGGUUAAGCCGCUCCAUACGGAUCAGACAAAUGUAUCAGCACGUAAUGAUCAGUGCACAUGGUGCGACAAAUUUUCCACCGAAAAAAGAAGAACACGUAAAGAGCUACUCCGAAACCAUGGUUUCAACUUUUCUGAAGACUCCGUUAAUCAGGUGUUUCAACAAAUAAGGCCAUUGCAGUGUAGUGUUAAAGGACCUGAAAACUCAUGUUUGAGUCAAGCGUAAAUGACAGCGUGAAGUACCUGCAUAGAGCUUUUCCUCGGGCUGCAUCCAUGGAUAAGCACAAUAUGCCGGCAACGAGUGGGAAACGCUCUUCACACCUGUUCUCGAUCAAUUCGAAUCAUUUGCCAUUUCCUGGAGAAAGGCUAUGAUGGAAGGGAGUUACACAGACUAAGCCCUUUAUGAGGCGUUGUGCGCGCAGCUCGUCACAAGUGUAGUAGUAGGUCAGGGCAAAGAAAAGUGAGCAAAGAUCCAGCAAACGCUGUCACCAGCCUCGGUUCGGACCUGCAGAUGUCCACAUCUUUUUGGGUCAGGCCAUCUCACCCAAAUCGCUAGACCAGAUCUCGUUUGCUCCGGGCAGAUAUGGCAAGGAACAUUUGCUUUCCACCAAAAAGUCGAUGCGUUGGGACCAAUGCUCAUUUGGGAUCUUGCCUGCCCCGGCACCAUAUGGCGAAGAAAUUUCACUUUCCACAACCGAAAAGACGAAAUGUCUCAGGUAUUGGAAAGCGUAUAUUCAUUGACCAUAACUACGUCAUUUCCUCCAAAGUUCAACGAAAGUUUGAUUUCAUCCGAGCUCGGAGCAAGGAAAGAGAGUAAAGGAGAAGAAAGUAGCCAUAAGGUUCAAAUAAUUGGAUACAUUUGUUCGGAAUCCAAGGAUCCGUCAGAGGUCGCACGAACUGUCUAUUGGUGUAGGAUGAGUGCGAUGAUGCAGAAGGCGGGGGCACACGUACUACUCUAAGCUGGAAAACCGUCCCGGUGCUGGAGAAAGGACGAAAGAGCAGGACAAAGACGUGGGAGGAGAACAUAUGAAUGGAAGAGGGACCACAAGACAUACUCGGGGGGAGCUUUGGGAGGAAUACAGUGAAGGAAAGAGAGAGAGAGGAGAAGUCGACGGACACUCAAGGUCAAGCUUGAUGCCUGCAUGGCAACACCGAAUGAUUAACACUUGAAAUUUGUGGUGAGCAGAGGGCCACCGUUGAGGAACAUGGCGCUUAAAGGGAAAGCUACGAGGAAGAGGUGGAUGAACAGAACACGGUAUGAAUCGUAUUAUAUUGUUGGCGAUAUGUGCCCAGGGGCGCUUUUCAGAUUUUCCGCACCUACUGCUACAAGUGUUUGGGGGUGGGGGUAGAAAUACGUGGGAACGACAGAGUGAUCUCACUGCAGGUCUAUAAUUGACUCUAUGUGACUGGGCAUGGUUCCAACAUACCCAGUUAUCCUAGAUUCUAAACUCCGAGUUUGAUGUCGAAUUUACGAAGGUGGUGAAGUCUAGCUCGUUGAGUUAGGUUGGCGACUUGGUGCUUUACAUGAACAUGGCUGCAGUGGGUCGCAUUCGCUGUGCACUUGAUUGGAAAUCGGUGACCUCGCAAAGGGUGAUUUGCCACUUUAUGUCUUCCUGUUGGAAAGAAAUCCACCUACUCACUGAAACCACCCGAUCACAGAAAAUAUCACAAGUUUUGCAUCCCAAUGAUCACGAAAGUCGACCAUCUCGGCCGGUGGUGAAGACCCCCUCGCUUGUGCGAAAGUGCUCGCAAGGUCUUAAGGAUGAAGCGUCUAAGCCUCCAUGGAUAUCGUGCAUGGUGUUCAUAACUGGCAGUUGCCCCAACCGAACCCACCACCUCCUUUUCGGGAUCUGAUAACUCUGAAGUAAUCGUAAUCUGCGAAGACUCCGUGGAGGUCCAUGGCAUCUCAGAGAUCGAUUUGGAAUCAAAAGUUCCACUCGUCCUAGGCUUCAUUGCAUGAUGCCCUCGUACCAGGGUCAAAGGGGAUUAUUGCUAGAUCGGAUGCCUACCAAUCCUGCGCUGUGUUGUACAAUUCCCAUUCCUUAGCAACUUGUAAUAGCACUCACGGUGCGUAAACCGCUCCAAAGAUCGAGUCAAGCGAAAGCUAAAGCCAAUAGUGGUUUCGGCCAUCAGCCAUCAGCCAUCCAUGAUGCCCUCCUACUCACGAAGCUAGUGUUCGAUCGAUCUUCUGCUGGUUCGAUCUUCAGCAUCACAAGGUCGUUCACCCGUUUUUACCCCUGUAGAUGUUAGACUCCACGUCACGACCUUUGAGUUUCAAAGCUAGAGGGCUGAAUCGUAAUUUCUCGCGAGCCAUUGGCUCUACAGAGAUCGAGGAUAAACACACUCUACUUUAUCCUCGAUCUCUGUAGAGUGUCUGCUCAAUAGUCAAAAGCAGGCCCUUCCGGGAACUCAAAGAAUAGAGAGUGAUUCUCUCGAUGAUUCUCUCAAUUGUAGAACCUUGAGUCCAACCACAGCUAUAGGCCGUUGUUUCGCUAUUCGCCAUCAAAUCAGUGGUCCAAUUGUUUAUCUAGAUAUUUGGGUCGUUAGAAUCCACGUCCGUAGAGGUUGCAGGUUGUCACCUUUGCAGAUCCCUCUGCUUCAGUUUCAGGGUACUGUAUUGACAUAAUAUCUGUUUGUUCCUUAAAGGACACGGAGGAAAUACCUCGUCCAAAAUCAGAAACGCGUCGUUCUGUAAAGUCUCCGCUGGUCAUCACAAAAUUACACCGUACUCUACAAGUAUUCAAUGCGUAGUUGACAGCGGCAGUGCAUGCCUCGUUCAACGACAGAGGCUGUCAGGAAUGCUCGACUGGACAAGAUACCGUCAAAAUAUCACAGCUACUAAAGAGGACUAUGCGGGGCGCCUUUGUCAACUCAGAGACGUUUUGCUGGGUUUCCACUGUGAUGACAAUUUCCUGAGUUGUCUACGAGCACGCACGAUGUGGCCUUGGAACGACGUCAGGCUCUUGCUUCUCAAGGAAGGAAAAAGCUAAAGCAGGGUUUGGGUGCCCAGGCCGCUUCGAAUGUUUAUUUCGCAGGUUUGCCUAGAAGGAAUGGUUUCUCCUGUAGGAUGGUCUGGGUCCCAUGGAGACGGACGGAUGGUUAGGUCGAUCCGCACUAGGACUCGUGAGGUCUGAUCUCCUGGGUCCGGAUCAAACAAAAUGACCAUUUCGUUUUGCCCUGUUACUGUGCGUCAUCUGUUCGGGCCAUGAUCGCAUAAGUCAUUCCGCCGUUGAGUCUGUUAUUCCGCAUGUCUUCCAAUUCAAUGUUCUGUUAAUGUAGUUUCUUGAUAACUUCCAUCUUUCACAUCUGCCUCCCUCCUUUCACAUCUGCUGAUUCUCAGAGGACGCUAUUUCUUCCAGGUCUUUGUCCGCUCAGAGCGCUCAGAGUACCUGUGAUACAUUGUCGACCACGAUUCGUAGUCCCAUCGUUCACGAUUUGUACCGUCAUAAUUCGUACCACGUCAAUGUUCUUCGCUGUAAUGACUUUGAGCGCAGUACACUUGAAAAAUUACGUCUUUGUAAGUGCUAAAGUGAACAGACACCCUUCGGCUCGCUCUGGGCAUGUUCCUGUGAUCCAAAUUAGAUAGAAUGCUGGAACAUGACACCCUCACCAGUCGAUCGAUAGAGUCUGAGGAGGAGCGUUGUUGUUUAAUAUGGGAGCUCAUAGGCUGCAACACACCCGCAGUUGAAAAUUUUCACAGUAGAAAUGAUAAUAUUCACGUGUUUAAGUCGUACUCAGAUCCGGGGGUAACCCUAUGGAUGUAUACGUACCGAGUCCUCUCACUUGCAUCAAUGUGAUUAAGGUGAAGUCUGUUACAUCGGCCGAAACUCGGUGAUACAUGGCACCACACAUG